AUGCCCGUUAAUUCUGCAAUAGUCAUCAAUAUGGGACCGGUGAGAAAUCUAUGGAUGCGGUGGAAGAUGCUACGAUUGCCGUGGCGGAAGAAGUUCUUGAUUGGUCAAGAUCUCUCAGGGAACACUUUCUGGGAGUUUAAGGACGCUCUCAAUCACAAUCGGUGGCGUCGCAUGGUCAAAUCUGGCCGCCGAACUCAUCUUUCGGAUGUACAAAUAUCGCCUCAAUGGCAUCAAUGGCUGCGGCAAACACGAACCGAUCCCCCCACUCUACAGGAGCAAGCUGCGGAUGUGCAGAGAAUAGCCACGCUAAAAUAUAAUGCCCGGCUUGCGGAUGAGAGAUGGGCUGCUAAAGCCCAAUACAUCGAGAAACCCAAACCUGCUGCCACAUCCCUAUUGACCGGGAAUUUUGAAGAGGGGGCUCAACCGGACCAUGCUCCGGGACGGCAGCCUCAGUUGGGAAAAACACCUUCCAGGGGCGGGGAGCCAUGGAAGAAAGUAAGAGAAACUGGGGCGAAUCCAGGAGCGAACUGGGAGCCUGCAUCCUGGGUUCCUGGAACAUCGAAGCGAUGA